AUGGGGAAUAAGGCGCGGGCGGACGAGCGGUGGAGGAAAAACAAGCCCAAACGCCCCAAGCCGGUCCACAAUUUGAGUGGCUUCGUUGAAGAUUGCGCGCAGCCAUUAAAUUUUUCUCCAAGGUACCACCGACACAUAGGAGAAGUCGAUGUGGCGACGAACAAACAGCUCUUGCGUCGGCCAAGAUUCACCUGCACGGAUGAAGUUCGCCAGCGCCCGAAUACCAUAGACGCGGGACACGUGCAGCCGAAAGCUUCGUUGUGGCUCGGCAACCAUGCCGAGACAGCGGCGAUGGGCGGUAGUGGUGGCAGCUCGUGA